AUGUCCUGGUUCCAAAAAACCUUCACCCUCCCCAGCCGCAGCCGCGGCUCCUACCUCAUCACCGACGAGGUUGUCUCCGCGCUGCCCGAGCUGCGUGAGUACAAAGUGGGCAUGUUGAACCUCUUUGUGCAACACACCAGCUGUGCGCUGUCAUUGAACGAGAAUUGGGACGAGGAUGUGCGGGCCGAUAUGAGUGAUGCGCUGGAUCGCAUCGCCCCGUUCGAUCGCAAGGGAGAUUUGUAUCGUCAUUCGGCGGAGGGGGAGGAUGAUAUGCCGGCCCACAUCAAGUCCGCGUUGAUCGGUGCAUCCGUGAAUAUUCCCAUCUCCAAUGGUCGUCUGGCUACGGGAACGUGGCAGGGAAUUUGGCAUCUCGAGUUCCGCACCAGCCGACACACUCGCAAAGUUGUCGCGACUAUUCAGGGACAGAAGGCCUGA